AUAAGAAUAUCUAAUCCAAUAUCUAUUAUUAUUAUUUUUCUCAGUAUUCUUAAGCACCCACUUAGGCUAAUGGUAUUAAAGCGCAGAUCGGGCCUCCAGAUAAUUCCCUUUCGAUGGGAAAAGUCUCCCCGCGCCGAACAGUCCACGAUGAGCGGCCGUCUGGGUCGCGUCCUGCGGUUCCACCUGCGGCUCUACCAGGUGCUCGGCUUCCAUGGACUGCCCCUGCCGGGCGACGGCAGUCCGGCGAGGAUGCGGAGGCAGCUGAUGGCCUGGAGCCUGUUCCUGCUGGUCUCGCUGAGCGGCCUGAUCAUCAUGUGCCUGACCAGCGGCGAGGAGUUCCUCUAUCGCGGCGAUGCCUUCGGCUGUGUGAAUGAUGCCUUGAAAUACGUAUUCGCCCAGUUGGCCGUGGCUGCUAUUUAUCUGGAGACGCUGAGCAGCCAGCGGCAUUUGGCCAACUUCUGGUGGCUGCACUCCAAGCUGAAUGGGCAGCACUUCCAGGCGAGCCUGCGCAGCGAGUGCCAGCAGCACCGUCGCUACCUAAUCUCCCUGUACGCCAUGAUGUGCGCCGAGCUGCUGCUCCAUUUGGGCUUGUGGCAGGUGCAGCCGCUGACCAACCACAUGCUCCUCUUCUGGAGCACCUACGAGCCGCUCGUCUGCCUCACGUACAUGCGGAACAUUCAGUUUGUGAUGCAUCUGGAGCUGGUGAGGGAGCAGUUGAUUGCCCUGGAGCGGGAACUCGGCCUCCUGGCGGAGUACUCCCGGUUUGCCAGCGAAACUGGAAGGAGUUUUCCCAACUUCGAGGGUUUCCUGCGACGACGACUGCGCCAAAAGCAGCUCAUCUACAGCGAUGUGUACGACAUGCUCAGGUGCUUCCUCGGCGCCUUCAACUUCUCCAUUCUGGCCGUCCUGCUGACCAUCAACAUCCGGAUCGCCGUGGACUGCUACUUCAUGUACUACAGCAUAUAUAAUAAUGUGGUUAAUAUAGACUACUAUUUAAUCUUGCCCGCCUUGCUGGAGAUCCCCGCCUUCAUUUACGCCUCGCAGAGCUGCAUGGUCAUUGUGCCGCGGAUUGCCCACCAGUUGCACAACAUAGUCACCGAUUCCGGCUGCUGCAGCUGCCCCGAUCUCUCCCUGCAGAUUCAAAACUUUUCGCUGCAACUGCUGCAUCAGCCGAUGCGAAUCGAUUGCCUGGGUUUGACCACUCUAGAUUGCAGUCUUCUUACGCGGAUUGCCUGUUCGGUGGGCACCUACAUGAUCUACACCAUCCAGUUUAUACCAAAGUUCAGCAAUCAGUACUCGUAGAAAAGGAUUACAUAUUACACAGUCAACUUAAGGGUGCUAAAAACAAACCUCUAGAGUUUACAUAUUAAAGCUUUGUUAUAUUCAUAAAAUUAUACGUAACUACACAAGUGUAUUUAUUUAUAUGUAUAUCUUAAACCAAGGAAAGGGCCUGGGUGUCACAAGCGUUCCAUUAAUUAUGUAUUAAUUAUUUACAAGGGCUCCUUGGCUGGCGGCUGGACGAGGAGGAGGUGGAGGACGAGAUUAACCCCUCCAUGGCCAACGCAUUUCUUAGCUUUUGAUUUGACUAUCCGCAAGAUACUCUCUGAACAUAAAACAUAUAUAUUAAAGUAGGGGUAGAAUCAGGGUUCGGAAAAUAGCACACACUUUAAAAUACAUGAUAAAUGUCAAAGUGUUAAGGUCAAAAAAAAAU